AGGGCCAUGCCGGAUAUUAGUGCCAUCGGGUCGGGGUUUCAGAUCAUCGUUGCUGGCACGGAGAGUCAGGUGCUCGGCACGAGCGCCAGCGCGCCCACGGUGGCGGCCAUGAUUGCGCUGGUCAAUGAUGCGCGGCUGCGAGCGGGCAAGAAGAGCUUGGGCUGGCUGAACCCGUUGCUGUACGAGGCUAAGGUCAGGAGCGUGCUGAGGGAUGUUGUUGAGGGAGAGAGCAUGGGAUGCAGAUUCCCGGACGGGGAGGUUUCGCCGGGGUGGUCUUCGGUUGCGGGAUAUGAUUGCGUAACGGGGCUCGGAGUGGUUGACGACUUUAAUGACUUUAUGGCUGCUCUUCUAUAG